UGACAGUGACCCCCAUGUCCCCCAUGUCCCCAUGGGGUGACACUGCCCCCCACCCCACAGCUCUGCACCGUGUGCCGUGUCCCGACAACAGCUCCUCGUGUCCCGACGGUGCCACGUGCUGCCGUUUGCCAUCGGGGCCUUAUGGCUGCUGCCCCCUGCAGAACGCCGUGUGCUGCAGUGAUGGGUUGCACUGCUGUCCCCAAGGCACCACGUGUGACCUGCAGAGCUCCACGUGCACCUCGGGGGGGGACAGGACACACGGUGUGGGGACACCAGGAGCCCCACGGCCCCAAAUGGGGAUGGACGCGAUGAAGGGGACGUCGGCGGCCGCCGUGAAGGUGUCGGCCUCUGUUGGUGACGUGAAGUGCGACGAUGAGAUGAGCUGCCCCGAUGGGGACACGUGCUGCAGGCUGAGCACGGGGCAGUGGGGCUGCUGCCCCCUGGAGCAGGCCGUGUGCUGGCCCGACCACUCCACUGCAUGCCCCAGGGCUACGUUCUGCGACCGCCCCAGGGGGGACGUGGCCUGCAGGGGGGGGUUCCGCCAGCCAUGGCUGGAGAAGAGCCCGGCAAUGGGGGCGGGGGGGGGCGAGCGUGCUGCAAGGACCACCCAGCACUAG